AUGGAACUUUUUCGGGACACUACCUUGGGCAAGUUGAUCCGCGUCCUCACACGAGGCCGAGUCCUGCCCUAUCCGGAAGAGACUUGUCCUUCAGCCUGGUCCUUAUAUGUUCAGCACUCGCAAGACCCACACGAUCCCGAGUUCAGCCCGGAGCCAACAGACUCGUAUGGUCUCUAUACGGUCUUGUCGCAGGCGACCCAGAGCCGCUCCUAUGAUAGGCCAGAAAGUGUGGUGAAAUUCGGGGACGAGUUCAAGAUAAUCACAUGGAGGGAGUCAGGGGACAGCGAGAACCCCCAGAACUGGAGUCUCAGCAGAAAAGUCUUUGUCAGCCUGCAGAUAUGGGUGCUCACAUUUGCCAUCUACAUCGGAUCUGCCAUCUACACCCCGGGAAUCCCCGGUGUUAGCGAACAAUUUCACGUCAGUACAGUGGCUGCAACGCUAGGACUGACGCUCUUCGUGCUUGGGUAUGGAAUAGGACCCAUGCUUUGGUCGCCUUUAGGAGAACUUCCGGUCAUUGGAAGAACACCCAUCUACAUGACAACAUUGACGGUGUUUGUCUUCUUCAACUUUGCUGUGAUAUAUGCUAAAAACUUUGGCAUGUUUCUUGCCUUUCGGUUUCUUACCGGGAUGUUUGGCUCCCCUGUUCUUGCCAGCGGAGCAGCUUCUAUGGGGGACAUUUGGGACUCUCGUGUGCGCGAUUACAUGAUUGCCAUCUGGGGCUGCUUUGCUGUCUCAGCCCCAGUUCUCGGCCCCGUUAUCGGAGGCUUCGCCAGCUCCGCCAUGGGAUGGACCUGGACAAUAUGGCCGUUGCUUUGGAUGUCAGGCGCAGUGCUCGUAUGUUGUUUAAUCUUCCUGCCAGAGACGUUUGCUCCAAACAUUCUGUACCGCCGGGCCCGCCGACUGCGCAAGAUCACGGGAAACCCGAACCUUUUUUGCGAAGCGGAGAUUGAGCUGUCAAAUAUGAAGAAGACGAGCGUUGUGUUUGAAGCAUUGAUUCGCCCGUUCCAGCUCUGCUUCACUGAACCGAUCGUCUUUCUCAUGAAUCUCUACAUCGCCCUUAUUUACGGCAUCCUUUACAUCUGGUUCGAAGCAUUUCCGAUAGUCUUCGAGGAGCUGCGAGGCUUCAACCCAGGUGAAAACGGCCUUGCCUUUCUUGGGUGUCUUGUAGGCGCCUGCUGUGUCGCAGUGCCAGGAUACUUCUACUGGAAAUAUACUCGGCAGUCCAAGCAAAUUGACAGCAAUGGCAACCUCGCUCCUGAGCAACAGCUGCCUCCAGCUUGCUUCGGCGCCGUCUGUCUGCCGAUCUCACUCUUUUGGUUUGGCUGGACAGGCAACUUUGCAUCCAUCCACUGGAUUGCACCUGUCUUAGCUUCAUUAGUCUUUACUGUCGGGGCGGUGCUGAUAUUCAACGCCAUCUUCUGUUACCAGACACACGCCUACCCUAAGUAUGCUGCUUCGGUGCUGGCAGGAAACGACUUCUUCCGCUCUUCGUUUGGCGCUGGUUUCCCAUUGUUUGCAACAGCCAUGUUCCAUAACUUGGGCAUUGGGUGGGCGUGCACGCUCCUAGGUUGCCUCUGUGUCGUUUUCUUGCCUUAUCCAUUUUUCCUUUACUUUCGUGGUCGGCGAUUCCGGCUGGCUAGCAAGUUUGCGCGGCAUGAUAUAUAA